AUGGCCGCCAUGGCGUGCGCAGAGGGUACUGUGCCAGGCGCGGGGCCUGCCAUGGCGGCUGUGGCCGUGCCCAUGGGCAUGAUGUGCGGCUGCAUGGGCUGCACCGGCUGCGCCAUGGUGAAUGGCAUGGAUGGCGGCUUUCCGGGCAGUUAUGGCUGUUGCAAUGGCUGCAACGGCUGCAACGGCUGCAAUGGCUGCAAUGGCUGCAAUGGCUGCAAUGGCUGCAACGGCUGCAACGGCGGCUGUUGCCACGGUUGCUACGGCUGUUGCGGCCCGAUGCCAGUGUUUGUCAGCGGGGGCUCUUCAGCAUCCACUGCCGUGCCGGUGUGGUCCAAUGGAGGCGACAAGGCCGCCUGGGCGCCCGACUGGUCCUCCCCUGGCUGGUCACCUGGUGAGUGGGGCGAUUGGUCGACUGAGGGCAACGAGUUUGGGAACGGCUGGGAGGAGCGGCCCAGGGCCGUUGGGUUCAAGACCAAGAUCUGUGGCUACUACGUGGAAGGCUGCUGCCCCAAAGGAGCAGAUUGCACCUUCGCUCAUGGAGCCCAUGAGCUCCAAAUCAGUGGACAGAGACUUGAGAGAGUGGAGAGCCAGAGCAACCACGAGGCGAAUGGCCGCGACAGUCGCAAAGGAGAGAAAGUGACCAAGGAUAUCUCCGAGGGAAAGAAGGGCACAACCGCUCCAAGUCGAAAGGGCGAGGCAGGUGACAGGAAGACCAAGCCUUGUGUUUAUUUUGCGAAGGGCAGCUGCAACAAAGGAGCAGAGUGCAGCUUUCUGCACGAUUCGAAAGCCGAGGGCACUGAGAGCAAAGGCAAAGGCCAGAUGGCAGCUGUAGUCGCGGCAGUCACUGCAGCUUUGCCCAUGGCCCAAGGGAACUCGGCAGCCUUGUGGGCUUUUAGGAGAGUUGCGGCCCUGGCAAAGUGCGACGCUGCCCGUUGCUCUGAUUCUGAAGUGAUCAUGGCCGUCGAACAUGGGGUUCCGUUGGGGCGAAGGCGUCUCAACGGUGGCACCAGAAAGGCGUGUGCCACACGAGGUCGCCUCGUCAUCUUCGCCAUGGAAUUCGGUGAAGUCCCGGUGCCGAAGUUCAGCGAAAGGAAGCUAAAAAAACGAGCCACGGGCCGGGACGCAGACAGCACCACGAU